AACAUAUACACAUCCCAGGUUAGGGAACUUCUCCAUCACCCAUUUGCUCGCCAUUUCCUCAUGCUUGGAGGGAUCCUGUGGUGCAUGGCCUUGCAAUUUGGCCCUAAUACACUAGUCCAAGAAGCGUUGGCGGGUCCCUCCUCAGCCGUCACGCUAUGGGGAAGUGGCAAAUCGGUCGGCAAUCUUUGGGAAGACUUCAUAACCCCCGAGGAAAUAAACACUUUGCUGGGUCAUAGUCAUUCAGGCUCGGAGAGUUGCUGGCCUCCCAACGACCUUUGGGAUUCUUCCAAGAAGUGGAAAGGGUUUUGGUCAGAUGCUGAUGAAGCGUGGUUCCAGUUACAUCUGGCGAACUUGUCAUCCGGGAACCUUCAAGCACCCAAAUCCCAGAGAACUUGGAAAACUUCCUUUCAACCAGCAAAGUCGGACGUGCAAGAGUUGUUCAAAAAUUAG